AUGAGUCCGAAGCAGUUGACAAGGGCCGAAGUGGUUUUUCUGACGAAUCCGAGUGAAAAGUAUGUGGAUGAGUUUAUGAAGGCCCACGGAAACGACCGUGCCGUCUUCAAAAAAGGGGACCUCGCCCAAUGGCAGAACUCAUUCGACGGAUACAAAUUCAAAGUUGCGGUUCUGAAAGGAACUUCGAGAGUGAUUGCAAUGGGGCAUACUUGUCCAUUUGAUCCAAUCAAGGGAACUGGAAACAAGCCAAUCGUAUUCAUGGGAUUCGGAUGGAUCGAUCCGGAAUAUAGAUCUCCAACGAUGGCAACACUUCAGAAUGAGAGUUGUAUGGAAGAGGUUCAUGAUGAUAAUGUGAAUAUCGUCUCCCAUAUCAAUGAACCUGGUCGUCGUUUCUGGUGGAAAAUGUGUGGAAUCCGAGAGCAGGAAGAUAUUGGACACAGGACUGGAGACGCUGGAUACAAGAGUUUUUAUGAUGCAAAAGACGUCACCAUCCCGGAAAACUUGGACACAACUGGAAUUUCAGUCAAGAAUGCGAGAGAAGUUCCGAAGAAAGAUAUCAUUGAAUACGAUCAGACAGUUCAUCCAUAUCACCGUGAGAAAUACAUAAUUUCCCAUAUGUAUGAUCGUGAUGGAUAUGGAAAAGUUGCAUAUGAUGAUGAUGGAAAAGUUAUUGGAAUUGGUCAAGCAAUCAUUUAUGACAACAAGAAAGACUGUAAUCUCGGACCGAUUUAUGCAGAUGACCCACGUGUCGCCCAGGCAAUGUUUUAUGAAAUGUUGAAAGAUAUCAAGGAUUCUGGAAAGUUUGUGUCUCAAUUCGAAGUCAGAUCUAGUCAAAUGGCACCGAACAGUUUUCAAUGGAUCUCUCCAUUCCUGAAAUGCAAACCAUCUCGUGUCCACAUCUGCAAUCUCGUCUACAAACAUUGGGCACCUAAGAACAUCGACCGUACCAAAGUCUACUGUCCGACUCACGCUCAGUUGUUCGUAGUCUAA